UUUCCGGUUGUUUUGCCUGUGAUUGAGAGACAACAGUAUCAUGCCUGAGCCAGCCAAAUCCGCUCCAGCAGCCAAGAAGGGCUCCAAGAAGGCCGUCACAAAGACGCAGAAGAAGGGCGACAAGAAGCGCAAGAAGAGCCGCAAGGAGAGCUACUCCAUCUACGUCUACAAGGUGCUCAAGCAAGUGCACCCGGACACAGGGAUCUCGUCCAAGGCCAUGAGCAUCAUGAACUCCUUCGUCAACGACAUCUUCGAGCGCAUCGCGGCCGAGGCUUCCCGCCUGGCGCACUACAACAAGCGCUCUACCAUCACCUCCCGGGAGAUCCAGACCGCCGUGAGGCUCCUGCUGCCCGGAGAGCUGGCCAAGCACGCCGUCUCUGAGGGCACCAAGGCUGUCACCAAGUACACCAGCUCCAAGUGAAUCUCUCUUCCUCGCAUACCCAAAGGCUCUUUUAAGAGCCACCCACUUU